AGAGCUGGGUAGCUGACAGAGGGAGCCCAAGGAUGGCAGCAACCAGGGCCCUGCCUGCUGGUUUUGGGGAACUCGAGGUACUGGCUGUAGGAACAGUCCUGCUGAUGGAAGCACUCUCUGGCAUCAGCCUCAAUGGCCUGACCAUCUUCUCUUUCUGCAAGACUCCAGAUCUGCAGACUCCCAUCAACCUGCUGGUACUGAGCCUGGCCCUGGCAGACACUGGGAUCAGCCUGAAUGCCCUUGUUGCUGCUGUAUCAAGCCUCCUCCGGCGCUGGCCACAUGGUUCAGAGGGCUGCCAGGUUCAUGGUUUCCAGGGAUUUGCAACAGCACUGGCCAGCAUCUGUGGCAGUGCAGCCAUUGCCUGGGGACGCUAUCACCACUACUGCACCCGCAGACAGUUGGCAUGGGACACGGCCAUCCCUCUGGUGCUGUUUGUGUGGCUAUCAUCUGCUUUCUGGGCAUCCCUUCCCCUGAUGGGCUGGGGCCACUAUGAUUAUGAGCCUGUGGGGACAUGCUGUACACUGGACUAUUCGAGGGGUGACAGAAACUUCAUCAGUUUUCUCUUCACCAUGGCCUUUUUCAACUUCCUUGUACCCCUGUUCAUCACACACACUUCAUACCGGUUCAUGGAGCAGAAAUUCUCCAGGAGUGGUCAUCUCCAGGUGAAUACUACUCUUCCAGGCAGGAUGCUACUGCUGGGCUGGGGCCCCUAUGCCCUCCUGUACCUUUAUGCAGCCAUCGCAGAUGUGAGCUUCAUCUCUCCCAAACUACAGAUGGUGCCCGCCCUCAUUGCCAAAACCAUGCCCACAGUCAACGCCAUCAACUAUGCAUUGCACAGCGAGAUGGUCUGCAGAGGAACCUGGCAGUGCCUGUCUCCACAAAAGAGCAAGAAGGAUCGAACCCAGUGAAACACUUCAAGGGGCUGAUCACUGUCAAGCCUACCUCUUCAAGCCUGGGCUAAGUAUGCUCCAGGACAGGAAGAUGCUGCUGCAUUCUUCCUGACAGCCCCCAGAAGCCCUGGCAGACACUUACUCACAAGCCCUAAGAUCUCUGUUGAGUCUAACCUUAGGCUGGACCUAAGAAUUCAGAUACUAGGUUCAAUGAAAGGAGUGCUGGUCAUAGCCCUCUACACACAGUCUAAGGGGCCAUGGGAAAGUAAUUCUCUCCAACCCCAUCUAUCUAAACCCUAGAUGACAUUGUGGACUAACAACAGCAUGGUUGAACAAUCUAACAUGCACUGAGUAAGCAAGAAAACGCUCACUGAAACAGAUACUAUAUGAGCCUUGACCAUGUUGCACAUGAACCCAGCCUACAAUAAAGGACAAAGCCCUGGGGUUUGGUUUUGGAAGUCAUCUGAGGCUAUAGUUUUUCAAAUAGCAUGUACUAAAUUGUAGUGGCACCAGUGACUUAGCCUGCCCCUUGCUCUAUGUCCCUUAUUGUAAGACAAGAUGACAGAAAUGAUGACUUGACCAUACAGAUUGGACCAGAACAUGCAGCUUAGGUGCUUCCGGAGGCAUUCAAAAGCACCAGCUUUCAAAGUGAGUCCUUGGCUAUAUGAGAGUUGGGUUAAAGAUUGCUUUUAAAGGUUUUAACAUUCAUUGACAGUAUUUAAAAAUUAGAGCAAUUAUUUAACACUCCAUAUGUC